ACUGUUUCAUAUUACACAGGGAAGAGGAGAAAGAGAGAAAAGUAGCGGCUGACUGCUGGUAGGCUGUGUAUAGCCCCAGUUUGUGUUUGGACCGGGGUUGAUCGUGUACGUGAUGUACAGGCGUCCGGGUUUAUGGAUCCACUGACGGAGGACAAUGUACUUCUCUUUAGUGGCCCUUGUCCUGACUAAGGCUCUACUCACAGAGGUGUGCGACGCGCUCAACGUGACGGUGGUCCCCGGGCCCGUCGCCAUGGUGACGGAGAGAGACAACCUCACGCUGUCCUGCCUGGUCUCCCAGCGGAAGAGGGCCAGCGGCGUCCUGGUGCUGCGAUGGUUCUUCUCCCCCGCCGGCGCCGUCCCCCCCCCCUCCUCCUCGUCGCCAUCACCUCCUCCCCCUCCUCCCCCCUCCCCCCAGCCCUCCCCCUCCUCCUCCCCCUCCUCCGAGGUGCUGAUCGUGCGGAUGGGCAUCAAGAAGAUGAAGCAGUACGGGAACUACUCCCGCCGCUUCCCGCAGCCCAAGUUCCUCCUGCAGGAGGAGCCGGCGGGGGGGGAGGUGUUCCGGCUGCUCAUCCUCAACGUGACGGCGGGCGACCGCGGCGUCUACAGCUGCAGGGUGCAGGAGAUACGGAGGCACAGGAACAUCUGGAGGGCCUCGUCCAACGGCACCGGCAGCACCACCCUGGCAGGUACGGGCGACGUCGCGCCGCGUUGUUGUCCUGUAAGCGUCUCCGGACGGCCGCCCAGGGGUCGGGCUCAACGAGGGGAGGACGGUCGGUGAUUGGCUACCGUCCCGGUGUGUGUGUGUGUGUGUGUGUGUGUGUGUGUGUGUGUGUGGGGGGGGGGGGAGUGAGUGAACACAGGGCGGGGUUGUAGCGAGGAGGUCAGGAGGACACACUUGUGCUUCCUCCUGGACAGCGAUCCCCGUGCCAGCAGUUACAUAACCCCCAGAUGAAGCGCGUAUAAAAAGCCUUUGAAGGAUGGACGCAGGUUUUUAUCGGCUUUCCCCCUCGGCAGAAGCCAUGCUGAACGACUGGCCCGGCCGGUCGUUCAGCAUGGCUUCUGCCGAGGGGGAAAGCCGAGUUCUCUGGUGUUGCUUCAUUUCUGUUUGGAAACUCCCAGAGAACAGCUCUACGCAGCGAGGGAACCGAGCCACGGCUUCAGUUGUCAUCUGGCAGUGUGAAUGUAGAGGAGUCGCCCAGCCAGGCAAAACUAAUAGAAAUGUCUACCACGUAUCCCCCCCCCCCCCCCCCCUCCCAUCCCUAGCCUUUGCAACAAAUGCUGCUGGUCUGCGCUUCAGACCGUUCCAGAUCUCCUGGCAUUUCCAUCUCAAAACAAUGAGCUCACUCAGCCAAGCCACACUCAACAAUAUCACCCUGUGUGUGUGUGUGUCUGUGUGUGUGUCAGCGUGUGUGUGUCUGUGUGUGUGUCUGUGUGGGUGUCUGUCUGUCUCUGUGUGUGUGUGUGUGUGUGUGUGUGUGUGUGUGUGUGUGUGUGUG